AUGCUUCAAGCGAGACUGCUGCACUGCUCGUCGCAGGUGCUACGGGUGGCUUCUGGUCCAAAUCGUCUAAUGCCAGCUCCUACAUCGGCUAUUCCUGACGUUAAUACAUUUCUUAAAGUUAUCGGGAGAAAAUGCGAUGAAUUCGCAGAAAACUAUAAUAAUGAAUGGAAGAACCUAUUCGAAUGGGACUCCGCUGCUCUAAAAGAGAAAGGUAUUCCUCCACAGCAGCGUAAGUACAUUCUUCGUCAAGUGGAACGGUUGCGCGCUGGUGAACCUGUGAUCGAAUUUAAGAAGGGCAAGAAAUCGUUCUUUGGUGGUGAGCGGAAGUAUAAAGAGCAGAAGGCCAAGUGGCUAGCUACAGAACGUAAGAACAACUCAUCGUGA